UCAGGUAAGAGUGAUAAUAUGAAUACUAAACCUAGAGUACACUCCAGUUCAACUAAUACCAGUAUCAGUGGAAGCCCUCAGUGGACAAGUGGAUCUGGAACUAUCAAAGAAAUUCGCCUUUAUGAACUAGAGCAUAAAACCAGGAGAUUAGAGAAAGAAAAUGCUAAUUUAAAGUUGAGGGAGGAGUUCUAUAUUAACAAAGGAUCUGAAUGGAAAGGUCGUGCUAAGAGAUACGAGGCUAUUCUGGAUGAGAAUGAAAUAAAGUAUAGGAAGAGAAGUGAUGAUUCUAAAUCUGAACCUGCUGCAGCUACUUCUGCUGUCAAGGAGAACGUGAAACCUAAUGAACUUGAUGAUUUAGAUCUAGGUCUAAACCAGGAGAGACCCAGAAGGGAAUACAGGUUGCCUGCUGAUCAGAGGAAGAGAAAGGAAAAUGAUUGUAAAACUCAGUAAUUCCAAGAUACAGUUGUGAAGUUGUGAACUGCUAAACCGUACUCCUAACUAGUGUACAGUAAACUGUACACUGUUAACUGUAUACAGAAGACUGUACGCUAUUAAACAUAUUAUCGUAUCAAUGUAGUUUUUUUUUGUAAAACCAGUAAAUUGUUUUUUAAUAUUCUGAUCAAAAAUAUAUCGAGCAAUAUGUAAAUAUGUAAAUUCCGACUAGAAAAUGUAUGAAGCAGUAAAUAUUUUUAUGUC